AUGAGCGGCCUGGACCUUCAGCUUCAGGAUCAGCCUGAGAAUCAGCCGCCACUGAAAGAGCGACUCUUCAGCUACCUCCGAGAUCGCCUCCAUUCCGCUGUCGAGUUCAUUCGGGCAUUCGCUUCAUUGGAGUUGGCAUCCCGGCGAGGUGUCUCUUUGCAAUCCUUAGGUGGGCAGCAAGUUGAUGCUGCUCUUCUGGACGAAUGCUUGGAGGAUCUGCGGCCGCAGUGUGACUUCCCGGUGCCACCCGGCACGUUGUAUGGAAAGCCCGAGAGCACCAAGCUGGAUGAGCAGAUCGAGAAGAUCCGCAGUGGCACUGCUGAGCCGAAGCCCGUCUCGGUUCUCAUCCGGUACCUCCGACUAGAGCCGGACACCGUCAGCAUCGUCAAGGUGGAUGUCGUGGAUCAGUCCUUUGCUCAGGGAUUUGAACAUUUCUGGAUGGUCUCCGAUGUGUGGGCCAAGAUCGGCAUGACCACAGAAUGGUUUCAGUGGCAUUCGCGGCAGCUGAGAACGGGGGCCAUGGCUGAAGCGGAAAGGUCGUGGGAUCUUUCGAAGCGACAUAUCGUUCGGCCGCAAAGCUACAAGGGCGAGCAAGAGGUGACCAAGUUGCCGGGAGUGAAUUAUGAUUUGUUCACCACCCCAGGAAUGCUCCAGGUGUUCGCCAUCAUGGCCCAGGUCCGAGGAUUGAACGCCCAAACACAAGUCAAUAUAGUUACGCUGCUGAGAAAGAUAGUCCCUUUGGCUUCUUUUCCGGAUGGUGUGGCAAUCCUGCCAAACCUUCCACUGAAAGUUGUGACUGGGCAGCUGAAGCUGAAACGCUUCUUCGCAGCUUUCGGAGAGGAGGCGAAACCACUUCUGAGACAGAGGUGGGAGAACUGUACGUCUUUGGGGACGGCACGAAGCAACCUGGAUGGCUUCGUGCAUGUUGCAGACCUUUUUUGGUAUUGCAUGCGAUUGCAGGCAGACGGCUUGGAAUCUGUCCCUGUUACGAGACUGCAGAAGCGGAUGUUGCACAUCGUGGCACAAGGGCUUGAGACGGCCUUCUGUAACGGCUCCAUUCGCUUGAGAAACCGUGUCCCCAAGCCCGAAGACGAGCCAGAUUGUGACACGCCCUUCACGACCGGGUCUCUGUCGCGCAACGCUGCGAUGUGCCGCGAGGAGCUCUUGAAAAGAUUCCUGACCAAAAAAUCAGGUUUCGUCAGCAGCACGGGCCAUUCUGAGAACGACAACUUGGUCGACAUCCCAGGCGCUCAAGGACGAAGCUUGGGCAGUGUGGCGGCCUCUCAGCUUGUUUCGGCGUACUGGGCUAAUGCUUCUUUGGAGUUCCUAUCGAAGCUUGAACGCCAAAAGUUCCGCCACAUGGCGUACUACGAGGACGGGGCCAAGGUUUCCACUCACGAGGCCGGUUGA